AAGCCGAGCUCAUCUGGAUUUCCACCAUGGCCUGGGCCCCUCUGCUCCUCAUGCUGCUCACUUACUGCUCAGGUGCCAGUUCACAGCCAGUGCUGACUCAACCCUCCUCAGAGUCUGUGUCACCAGGACAAACAGCCAAACUGUCCUGUGCCAUGGGCAGUGGGUACAGCCUUAGCAGUUACAAUCUGUAUUGGUACCAACAGAGAUCUGGCCAAGCCCCUCGCUUUGUGCUGUCCGGUACCACUAGCAGAGGUGAUGGGAUCCCAGAUCGAUUCACUGGUUCCAGCUCUGGCAAUGAUGGUUAUUUAACUAUCACCAAUAUCCAAGCAGAGGAUGAGGCUGAUUAUUAUUGUGCCAUGUGGUAUGGCAGUGGUGGAGUGUCCCACGGUGAUGAAGUCAUAUGGGGAACUGAGACAAAAACCUCCACUGUCCUUCUUCAUCGUACGUCCUGCUGGUCGAGCUCCCAGUACGUCUUGACUCAGCCGUCUGCAGAGUCAGUGUCUCUGGACCAAACAGCUAAACUCUCCUGUGCCAUGAGCAGUGGGUACAGCAUUGGCAAUUACCCUGUAAUCUGGUACCAGCAGAAACCUAGCCAAGCCCCUCGCUUUGUGCUUCAUGAAACCAGCAACAGAGGUGAUGGGAUCCCAGAUCGGUUCACUGGCUCUAAAGACUCCUCCAGGAACACGGCUUAUUUAACCAUCACUGGGGUCCAGGCAGAGGAUGAGGCUGAUUAUUAUUGUGCUGGAGCUUUUGGCAGUGGUAGCAUCUGGCUGUAAACACAGAGAUGCAGGGAGAUGGGGAACUGAGACAAAAAACCUCAGCCUGUGUAGGGCGACGGUAUUUCCCUAUGCUGAA